CGAGUCAUAUGCUUUCAUUUUCGUUAUUUUGCUCUUUAACCUUCUGAAUCAACGGCAGAGAAGGUAAUCACAAGUUCACAGAAUCAAGAAUGGAAGCAACUAAAAUAAUUGUUGUUGCCAUAGUAGCCGCUUUGUCUGUGUGCUACUGCCAAUGCAAGUCAAGGGAGGAAUGGAAGACAAGGAUCAUUUACCAGCUUCUUACGGAUAGAUUUUCUAACGAUAAUUCCAAUGAUGGGGCGUGUGGAGGUUCAAACUACUGCGGUGGCACCUUCCGAGGAGUGACCAAUAAGUUAGACUACCUACAAGGACUGGGUAUAACUGCAAUCUGGAUAUCCCCUGUGGUAGAGAACACUGAUGGCGGUUACCAUGGCUACUGGGCCAAGGAUCUUUACGCCAUUAACUCUCAUUUCGGUAGCGCAGACGACUUGAAGAAUCUUGUCAGCGAGUGUCAUAAAAGAGAUAUAUGGGUCAUGGUUGAUGUGGUUGCAAACCAUGUGGGCUAUCCUAAUGGAUGUCCCGGAUGUUCCAUGCAGCAAGAGACAGACUUUUCUGGUUUCCCACAAUUCAAUCACACGGAACAUUACCACAAUUAUUGUGAUAUCAAAGACUGGAGUAAUCAACCUGAGGUGGAAAACUGUCGACUUGCCCAACUACCCGAUCUAGCCCAAGAGAAUAGUUAUGUGAGACAGACACUAAAAGAUUGGAUCCACAACCUUGUACAGGACUACAACUUUGAUGGAAUACGUAUUGAUACUAUACCCGAGGUUCCUAAGGAUUUCUGGAGUGAGUUCGGACAAGCUUCUGGUGUGUUUCAAAUUGGAGAAGUUGAUAACGGGGACCCCCACUAUGUGUCGCAGUACCAGGGUCCGCUUACUGCUACCCUGAACUACCCCAUGUAUUGGAAACUUAGAAAUGUGUUCCAAGAGAAGCAGUCCUGUAAGAUUAUUAGUAGUGGACUACAUGACGUGGAUACACUAUUCAAAGACCCAAGCGUUCUUGGAGGUUUCCUUGACAACCACGACAACCCUCGAUUCCUGAAUAUUAACAGUGACUGGACUGCACUGAAAAAUGCACUCGCCUAUAAUCUUAUGGCAAAGUGGAUUCCAAUCGUAUAUUACGGCACAGAACAAGGGUAUACUGGUGGGAAUGACCCGGGGAACAGGGGUUCCCUCUGGCCAAACUUCAACAAGGAACACCAAAUAUACAAGUUUAUUUCUAUUGUUACAUACAUGCGAAAUACUCUCGGAGAUGACUUUAUUUCUUCCAACCAGAACGAGAGAUGGGCGGAUGAUCAAUUCUACGCUUUCACCAGAUGUUCGGGAGAGAAGGUUUUGAUUGCCCUUACAAACCAGGGAUCUGGUGCAUCAUUACAGCGUACGAUUCCCAACUUGCCUUAUAAAAACGGACAAGAGUUGACAAAUGUGUUUGACUCCAAUGAUCAAAUCACUGCAAACAAUGGACAAGUGACUGUGUCAAUACAGAACGGCCAACCUAAAAUAUACACAGUCAAUAGCUCCAUGCGUUUUGGAGACUUAGAGAACAAUUCUGACGAUGAUCCUAAGUUCGGUACCAUUAUGGGAGGAGUUAUUGGAGGUGCAUUAGGACUUGUAGCCAUGGUGAUCGUUGUGGUUGUCAUAAGACACAAACGUUCUAAGAAUAACAAUUAUGAGGCAAUUUAGAGGCAACUGAGAGUAUUCUCCCGGAC